AGCCCUCGUCGCCGACGCUUGCGUCUCACACGCUACUUCGUGAACGCGUUCCGUUGCAGAUGCGAGUUACCUAUUACUAAAGCGAUGCCGGCCGAGGAAGAACCCGUGGCCAUGGACGCCAGGGACCCACCCGGCUCGCCCCAGCAAUUCUGUCUGCGGUGGAAUAAUUAUCAAUCCAACCUCACGAGUUGUUUUGACCAGCUGUUUCAAACGGAAACUUUGGUGGACGUGACGCUCGCCUGCGAUGGGAGAAAACUGAAGGCCCACAAAGUCGUGUUGUCGGCUUGCAGCCCCUACUUCCAGAGCUUGUUUAUGGAUAAUCCCAGUGAGCAUCCCAUCGUGAUAUUGCGCGACAUCAUGUACAGCGAUCUGAAGGCAGUGGUGGAGUUCAUGUACCGUGGCGAGAUAAACGUGUCGCAGGAGCAGAUCACAGGCUUGCUGAAAGUGGCCGAAACCUUAAAAGUGAGGGGAUUGACAGACGUCAACGGGGAGCAAGCCGUGCUGCGAGCCGAGACCGCCCAGAGAGAGAUGGAGGCCCGGGCUCAAAAGCGGCCAAUGGACGAUGCGGUCACAAUUCCAUCCAAGGUCCGCAGAAGGGGCUCGGACAUCGAGCGCAGCCCGAGGCAGAGCCCCCGCGAGUCCCCAUCGACACCAGCCGACCUUCUGCCUCCGCCGGACGUCAGCGUGCCCAUGCCCAUCCACGGCGACGACGCGGACAUCAGACCAGGCAUCGCUGAAAUGAUUCGCGAGGAAGAAAGGGCGAAGAUCCUUGAGAACUCCCAUGCUUGGCUUGGCGCUUCCACAUCGUCACUCGCAGUAGAUAGCUACCAGUACCAGCUCCAGUCGAUGUGGCAGAAGUGCUGGAACACCAAUCAGAGCUUGGUGCACAACUUACGAUUUCGCGAACGCGGCCCAUUAAAAUCCUGGAGGCCAGAAACAAUGGCGGAAGCAAUCUUCUCUGUGCUGAAGGAGGGACUUUCUCUGUCACAAGCUGCAAGGAAAUACGAUAUACCAUACCCCACAUUUGUCCUCUACGCAAAUCGGGUCCACAAUAUGCUGGGACCCAGUGCCGAUGGUGGUACAGAUUUGAGACCAAAAGGCCGUGGUCGGCCACAGCGCAUCUUGCUAGGAGUGUGGCCCGAUGAACACAUUCGUGGCGUGAUCCGAGCCGUAGUUUUCCGGGAUUCACACGCUUCCCACACCGCUCAUCACAUCAAGGAAGAAGUGUUGCCCGUCUAUCCUCAAAUCACGGAUGGUAUGACUGUGGGUCAAAGCCCCUACCCGGUACCCUGCGGCAACGGGCGCGAAGGAGGAGUGUCACCAAAUGCUGCCGCAGCCGCUGCUGUGGCUGCAGUGGCUCAUGGUCUACGACGUCAGAUGUGCAACAUGGUAGUGGCCGCACAAAGGCCGCCCGACCACCCGCCUCAUCUAGGCCUACCCCCUCUACCGCUGCAGUCUCCACGCUUACCUUCACCGCUGUCUACCGGCUUAGAAUCUCCUCUCUGCUCACCACCUCCUCCCGGGCACGCUCUCGAACCUCCAAAGCCAGCUGACCCUUUCCGCCCAUUCGUAUCGCCUAGACCUGACAGCCGUUAUGGAGAACGAGAUGUGGUUGCUGAUAUCACCGAAAUGGGCCCACCGAAGACACCGAUGACCGUGGCAAAGAAUGGCAAAGACCUGUCCUCCCCGCUGCCGGUGAAAAUGGAGGCGCCCCAGGCAGAUGGGCGUGCUGAGAACAUCUGAAGCCAGGCUGCGGGCCCGGUGCUGCCUCAGACCCCGAUUGGUCUGCCGCCGCCGAUGCCCGCCUAUCCCUAUUUUGUUUCGAACCGUAACUCAAUCGGUUAUUUCUAAAGAAUUUCACGUACUGCGUCGCGGUGCAAGUAUAUUCUGCUAAUCCUGUGUUUAUUCGACAUUAUUUUGUCAGCAUUAUUUCAUCAUAUUUAAUUACAUACUGUUUAAAGUGGACUCCCUGUGCAAUACAUUGCUCGUUGUUUAGUUACAAAUUUUGUAUUACUAUGAAAGAUUAUGUUUAGUUUAAUUAUAAUAAUUAUUUUGAUUAUAAAUAGUCGAUUAUGUACGUGUUCCAGUGGCACACUAAGUGUAUUAUUAUAUUAUUAAUUAUAUGUAUUUUGUUAGAGAUCGCGAGCGAGGGGCAGCAACGCUUGCGAGAGCUGCCCACCCGCUUGCUUUAGUAACUGUAUUGGUUCAGUGGUGUAAUAAUAAAAUUAAAAAAGUAGCUACCACCUUAAAAGAGAUAAACUCUUGUAGCUGCUAAUACAACUGCAUAUAUAGCAUCUAUUAUAAGAUUGAUGUGUUUUACGAUUUAUAAAGUGUGUAAGUUAUCAAACCCGAUUUUCUGACAAAACACACCUUGUUCAUGGAAAGAGAAGAAAAUCUUAUCUGGCCAUAAGUCUGGCGAUUAUAAAUGAAAAUGUACGUACUUGUUUCUCAUCUUAUAAUUAUAUUUACAUUCAGCCUUCAAUACAGUCCUACAACCCGUCUGGUCACAAACUGUAGUUUAUCUAAUAUGUUUACGCACUGUUCGUCACCCUAGCCCUUAUUGUAACAUUGUGGAAAAUCGAAAAUCGAAAUCAGUUUUUAGUCGUCUAUCUUCGAAGCUUCGUAAAGCUUUAGCUGUGUGAUUCUAUUAUGACACCACUGUGUGAAAUUAUGUGUGUAUGGUUAAGAACGUAACCUAGAUCCAUCUAUAAUAUUAAUAACAUAUAUAUCAAAAUUUAAAUCAUUUGGCCCGAUUCAAAAGACUGUUUGGUAUACCUAAUCAUUAUUCAGUGGAAUACAUGCAAAAUAUAUAGGAAAAAAUUAUAAAUUAGCUCUAGAUGUAAUCCUAAAUAAAACCUUUAGAACUUGCAAGUCGUCUUGGUGUCGAUAUGGGUUCUACAGCGUAGUAGUGAGUGUUGCUUGCGGCUUCCCCCGAGCCAGACCCUUCGUUCACUUCAGCAAAUCACACAUACAUAUUGUGUAGUGUUAGUGAUCGCCAAAUGUAUUAUAGAUGUAUCUUUAGCCUGUAGUGAUUGUUCCAAAUGUUAGGCUAAAUUAGAUAUGGCUCGCCCAACCUCUCUGCAUUAACUAAAAAUCGAUGUCAGCUUUCAAUGUCUCUCAGUAUCAUUCCAAUUGAUGUCCGUGUUAGAAUAUUACGGUUUAUGUCUUCAUGUUAUUGUCAAAGUAUGGAAGUAUUUAGAGAUAGAAGCGUAAUCAUUUAUUGGCCUCGUAUGCCAACUGACAUACAUUUAUAAUAUAACGAUUUCUUGAAAUAUAAACAUUUCAUAUGGUUAUCCUUUGACUAUACCACAUAUUAACAAUCAAGAUCUCGUAGUAUAUCUAAUGUUAUAAAAAAUAUUUAAUAAAUGUCGUUAAUGUAAGGAGGAAAACUGGCUUGUCCAUGUUAGGUUUAGAAGCACUAAACACUCGCCAAGCGUUUGAAGAUCAUCCCUUGAACGCCUGUUAACCUAUCUCGUAGCUAGAAUAUACAUUUUCAAUUAACUUAGAUUAGCUGUGUACGUGUAGCGUGCUCACGCGGGUGACACUGCCUACGAACAUCCUCGCCGAGUGUAAGGGCUUCGGCAACCCUGACAUUCCCAAUCAGUGUCUCUAACGUGAAAGCGAUUAUAGAAAAACAUAAAAUAAGGUGUAUAUGUACAAAUUUAAUUUAUCAGCACCUUCAUAAACGGAUACAAAGUUAUUUUUAUUAAUAGUUUCGGCGGGAAAAAUUAUAAGUAUGUAUACGGAAAUUCUUGCCGCAAGGGUAUACCAUGAUUUAGAUAUUGUUGGCGGGUAUUCGUUGGCGUUUAUCACAAAACUAAUGGUGGGGGAGGACGAACUGCCGGCGUCCCAUGAGGGCUCCGGCGCUUCGGCCAAGCGAGUCUCGUCGCAGAAUGUUCGAAAUAUGUAUAAAGUAAGUCUCUAAGUGGCCUUGAUAUCUCACUAUUGUUUGGAAUUUGGAUUAACGCAUUCGGUUUAAGUUUGAAAAAUUUGUAAUUAUAUAAAAAGACCAAAUUAUUAUAAAAUACAUUCACAAAUCAAAUCUAGUGUUGAAACUUUUGGCUAUCUUUUUGGAAAAUGGUUAACCUAAGUAAAAAUGUUAUAUAAACGGCCUAUACGUUUCAGGUGUAUUGCGUAAAUUUGGUAAAUGUUACUACGCAUAUUUUCUAUUGUAUAAGUCUAGGCUAAUGUGUUCAAAAACAAAAUUAAAAAUUUUUGAAAAAGUAGAAAGUGCCUUCCAAAUUUUUUGACCACAGUUAGUGUUGGAACGGGUGCGGCGAUGAUCGGCAGAGAGCGGCCCGUGGCAGUGGUUUAGGCCGGGAACUUUAACAGCCUCUAUCUAAUUCCACAGGCUUGCGCAUACGCCCCUUACCAGCUAUCGAAUGGCUGACUCAACUCCUACCCGGUCCUAGCCACUGCCAUUCGACCGUACUGAACGUUACUAUAAAUUUUUAGAAUAAUGAAAAUUCAAAAUUAUAUUAUAAAAUUAACAUAUGAGUAUUAUAUAGUAAAAAAAUAUACAAAAAUUAUAUAUUUGGCCGAUGUGGUUAUACCCUGACUGGCAAGCGUUAGAUCACUUUUCGGCGUCCAAAAUUAAUUCUAUAUAUUUUAUUUGAAAUCAGUAUAACAGUGCAGAGAUGCAAUGUGCCAUUCGUCUGAACUUGGAUUGUUCAUUUACAGCACAUUCGGUGUUUCGUAGUCAUAUUUAAUGAAAAUUUAACUUAUUUAUUAUUCCGAGUGGAAAAUUACGAUUCGAUUGCAUACGAUAUACUUACCUAAGUAAAAUGUGUUAUUUUUCGUGAUAGUUAAGUGAAAUAAUUACCUUAAAUGUAUGUACCUAUUCAGGUCAAAUUGGCCGGCUGCGUACUAUAAACUCUUUGUAUCUUCAAGUAUGAGCUGUAUAGAGUGUAUUGUGUUGAGCACUCAGAUACUGUGCUUGUAUCAUGACAUCAUUAUUUUUAAAAGUAAUUUCAUUUUUGUGAUACUAAAAAUAAUUUGAUUGUAAAGAACAAAAUCACAAUUUUUGUCUGCUAUACCUAAUUGUGUUAUUUAUUUUUAGUUAAAUUCCUACCGUCAUUGUGGGCUCAAAGUUUUAUUGAUCGCUCUUACUUAUAGAUUCACCAAAAAUUUUAUUUCAGUUUUUAUUAAAACCAUUUUUAAAUAUGACUGUUUAGUUGUAAGUAUAGAUACAUUGUCAUUGAUGGACUAUGGAUAUAUUGUACCUAUUUUUUUUAAGGCUUUCUAUACACAAGGAAACAUACAUACAUUGAUCAUAAAAUGCUACUAUAAUUUUAUCCGAAUGAAUAUUUCUUAAACAAUGUUAUGUAAACAGUAUCUCUACCAAUGAGUCUUAAACACAAUCACAAAAUCGCCUGCAUUCAAUAUGUGAAUAAAUUAGUUUUGUGUAAUUUGAUACGGAACUAUUUCAGGGCACAACAGCUUACUCGUUUGUUAAAAUGUUGUUGUUUCCUUGUGUUUCCUUAUGUCAAUGAUAUAUAAUUCAAUAUCCUUAGUUUAGAUUUUUACUUAUUUCUCCUACUCCUGUAUUUUUAUUUGGUACAAAGUACAGGGGUCUCAGAAAUAUUUUUCAUUGUAAUUUAUGUAGUUAACAUUGAGAUCAUGGUAUAGCAUAAAAUAGUCAUUAUACAAGUUCGAAUAUUGUUGUUAAUUUUUUCGUUUGCGUUUCUCACUUUGUUCCUUAAAUCAUUGUAUGAUUUAUAUUAUCGAGAUCAAACAAAGUUUAGUUAAGUAGUUACGCUGAUAUGAAUGUAUUAGAUGUAAUCAUUAUCCGAAUGAUGCUGAGGCGUGUCACAAAUAUCCUUCUAUUGAUGUAACAGACUUCAUUUAUGAAAAUUUCUUCAAAAAAAAUUGUUGAUUAAAAAUCGUCAAGUACAAUUUUGAUGUAUUUCUUGAAUUUCGGUCUGUAGCUGUUGACUUUAUGCAUAUCUGAUUUUAAUUAAUGCUAUUUCAACUAAAUUAUUACCUAUGUAGUAUUGUAUAAUGAUUCAGUAAUGUUAAGUUCGUUAUGUCACAGUGUACCGUUGUCUGAUUAAAUAUAUAAAAUAGAUCAA